CUGUAUUUUUUUAUUUAUUUAAAUUUGGCUACUGAUUUAAGCGGAGAAAAAGUGCAACAAGAGCAAAAUUCUUUUCUACCUAAGUAUUCUGUGCCAAAUUCAAUGUUCACAUCAGAUAGUUCUAUUUAUUUACCACCAGAGUUCUAUACUUCUAACUCACAUUUAGAUCAAAAUAAUUUUAAUAAAUUCCCAUUUAAACUGCCCUCGUCAUAUAUCACAAACAUACCAAAUGUAUAUACUACUCCAUAUGGAAUCAUAUUAACUUCAACUAUGAAUUAUGAUGAUAAAUUUGAUAUCGACAACAAUAAAGACGGUAUUAAAAUUAACGUGUCGUCGCCAACGCCUUCUUCCCAAAUUUUUAAUGAUCAGACUAACAAAUCAAAUUACAUACAAGAAGCCGAGAAAAGGACAGUUAAGGCCAUUCCAAGUGUGAUUAAUUACAAUCAUCCAGUUGAAGUCAAAAUAGAUACAAAACACCCAAGACAAUUCUCGACAUUUAAAGAAUCUACAAGCCUGCAAAAUCAAAAACCAGCUGAAAAAGCAAAAACCAGAAGUGUGUCAGUCUCAGCAGAAAACGGAAUGAACCAAGAACUUGACCAAAAAGCAUCAUUUCGUAAUGAACACUUUAUUUCCCCUCCAAAGUCGAUAUUAAUACAUUCCACGACAGAAACAGCAAUACCCAUACUUCGACUAUCUAAUGAAAUGGAUUUAGAUGGAAGCUUCAGUUACGAGGCCUUAGGAGCUGAUCAAACCCACUAUGUGCAGCACAGCCGUAUGGAAAAUUUAGGUACAGACAAAGAGGCUCAAAUAGUUGAAGGUUCAUAUUCAUAUAUUGGCGAUAAUGGACAAACAUAUACUGUGCAUUAUAUUGCUGAUUCAAAUGGAUUUCGAGCUACUGGUGAUCACUUGCCAGUAGCACCGCCGAUACCAGAGAUUAUACAAAGAUCAAUUCAAUAUAAUCUUGCCGAAGAAGCUAAAAAACCGUCGCUUCUUAACGAUUUUUAUGAUGAUGGAAGCGAUAACACUGCAAAAAAUACUGAAAAUAACCAAAAAAAUUCCUUAUCAUCGCAAAAACACUUAUUUACUGGACGAACACCAGAAGCUUUUUCAUUGGGAUUUUCUCAAGGAUCGAAUUCCCAAAACAACUUAACGCCUAUCGCAAGUCCUAAUGAGCCUUUAAAAGUAAGCUCUGAAUUUUCUGGAGAGAAAAUAAAAAGAAAUUUUAAUAAGGACAUGUUGGAACCCCAAAUUACUUUUUCAGCUUCACAAGGCGCCCACUCACCUUCUUUAAAUACACCUCAAAAAUCAACAAUGCCGCAGUUGAUAAAUUACGAGUCAAGACAAACGGAAUCUGAACAGGAAAAUACUGAAGCUUUAUGGAGACGGCAAUAUGAAUUAAAUAGUAAUAUCGGUAGCCAAAAUCCAUCCAAAGACUCAAUAUCAAGGUCCUUCGGUGAAGAAGAGGAUGUUAUAAUUAACUUUAGUGAUUUGACACCAGAGCAAUACAGAACAAUUAUAAGGAACCAACUAACAGAAAGUUCACAAACGGAUUCAAAUAAUGACCUGAUUACCAACCGACAAAUAGAAAAUGCAUAUAAUUAUUAUAAUAAAAAUAUAUCUGACGACAGUUUAAAAUUAUACAACAGUAAUAUCGAGAAUAACAAGUAUAAUGAUAAUAAUUAUAAUUAUUUAUCGGCUUUGCAACCGGACAACAAAAUCUUAUUAAAUGGUCCCGAUCAAUCUCGAACACAAUCAGAUACUAAUACGGAUGUACAUCAUACUUACAAUAGUGAUCAACAUUACGCCGACCUAAUAACCAAAUCUACAGAAAAAGUAUUUGUAUCAAAUGAUCCUAUCAGAUACAUAACACCUACAACUGAAUCUAUGCCACAAUCAAUUGAUUUUUUAAACACUUCUUUCGAAGCGAAAAAGUCUGUGUCAUUCACUAGUAAUAAAACUAAAGAUAAUACAUAUUUAGAAAAUAAAUAUUUUCCAUACACUACUUUUAAACCUCAUGCUAACUUUCCAAAUAAUAAUGAAAGAAACAACAAACUAAAAGGAAGUCCUAUUAAUGAAAUACGAGCCACGAAUAACAUUAUACCAACAAAUUACAAUAAUUUAAAUCAAUAUAAUGAAUUCAAGCCAUUAUUAAAUACAUACAACCAGAAUAAAACAAUACAGCAGCAGAAUAAGAAACAUGAAACUAAUAAUCUUGAAAGUAAUAUAAAUGAUGACAUAAGAAAUAACAUUUUUCUAAAAAAUCUUUUUAAAUCAGAAACCAAUAAUCCACGAAAAGAUGGCUUUACUAAACAAUCACAACCUGACAUCAAUACAAAAGGUGCAUCAUACGCAAACACACUUAAUUCAUCAAAAUAUAUAAAUAAUGAAUUGAAAUUUUAUAAUGAGCAACUUGUUAAGAACAAGCCAUUUAAUAUAUCCGACGUUCUUAACUAUGUGUCCAACAAAAAUAUCUUCGAAUCAAAUAAAUUAAGAAAUAGGAGUAAGUCACCGCUUAAUAUUAAUAGUUUUAGUCAAGCCACCGAUUCGACUUUUAACACUAACAGUGAAGAGAAUAAAGUUUUAUUUAAUGAACCAACUUUCAAAAAUUUUAUCCAUCACAUUCAUCCACAUGACCAAGAAUUACGAGGAAUAAUAAAAAACUACAAAGUUUUACAUCGCAAUAACACAAAAACUCCCAAUUUAGAAAAAAACAGUAAAUUACAAAGUGCAUCUCGAAUACAAAACUUAGAUUCGUUCAAACUACCACCUUUAGGUCGAGCAGGCCCGUCAGUGAAAAGCUAUCUGCCGCCUAUUAAUUUUUACAAAUAA